CUGCGGGGCGGUGCCGGCGGUGGGCGUGGCCCGGAGAAGCCCCGCCCCGAGGGCGCUGCCACCCGGAGGAGGCGGGCGCCGCGCUCCUCAUUCAUUGUCUUGACAAGAGCAUCCUCGGCGGGCAGUGUCGGGCGCCUCCAGCUUCCUCCUCCGCCACCUCCUCCUCCAUUCGGGGGUCGCUCCUCUCUCCGCAGCAGGAUGAGCCGGCAGGUGGUGCGUUCUAGCAAGUUCCGCCACGUGUUUGGACAGCCAGCCAAGGCCGACCAGUGCUACGAGGAUGUGCGCGUCUCGCAGACGACCUGGGACAGCUGCUUCUGUGCUGUCAACCCCAAGUUUGUGGCUCUCAUCUGUGAGGCCAGUGGGGGAGGCGCCUUCCUGGUGCUGCCUCUGAGCAAGACUGGACGUGUGGACAAGAAUGUGCCCAUGGUCUGCGGCCACACGGCCCCUGUGCUAGACAUCGCCUGGUGCCCACACAAUGAUAACGUCAUUGCCAGUGGCUCUGAGGACUGCACGGUCAUGGUGUGGGAGAUCCCCGACGGGGGCCUGACACUGCCCCUGCGUGAGCCCGUCGUCACCUUGGAGGGCCACACCAAGCGAGUUGGCAUCGUGGCCUGGCACCCCACUGCCCAGAACGUGCUGCUCAGCGCAGGUUGUGACAACGUGAUCCUGGUGUGGGAUGUGGGCACCGGGGAGGCUGUGCUGACCCUGGGUGCCGAGGUGCACCCGGACACCAUCUAUAGCGUGGACUGGAGCAGGGACGGCGGCCUCCUCUGCACCUCCUGCCGUGACAAGCGCGUGCGCGUCAUCGAACCCCGCAAAGGCACUGUGGUCGCUGAGAAGGACCGUCCCCACGAGGGAACUCGGCCCGUGCGCGCCGUGUUUGUGUCUGAUGGCAAGAUCCUGACCACCGGCUUCAGUCGCAUGAGUGAGCGGCAGGUGGCGCUGUGGGACAUGAAGCACCUGGAGGAGCCCCUGUCCCUGCAGGAACUGGACACGAGCAGUGGCGUCCUGCUGCCCUUCUUUGACCCUGACACCAACAUUGUCUACCUCUGCGGCAAGGGUGACAGCUCUAUCCGGUACUUCGAGAUCACCUCCGAGGCCCCGUUCCUGCACUAUCUCUCCAUGUUCAGUUCUAAGGAGUCCCAGCGGGGCAUGGGCUACAUGCCCAAACGUGGCCUGGAGGUGAACAAGUGCGAGAUUGCCAGAUUCUACAAGCUGCACGAGCGCAGGUGCGAGCCCAUCGCCAUGACGGUGCCCAGGAAGUCGGACCUGUUCCAGGAGGAUCUGUACCCACCCACUGCAGGGCCGGAUGCCGCCCUCACGGCUGAGGAGUGGCUGGGGGGUCGGAACGCGGGGCCCCUGCUCAUUUCCCUGAAGGAUGGCUACGUGCCCCCAAAGAGCCGUGAGCUGAGGGUCAACCGGGGCCUGGACACCGGACGCAGGAAGACGGCCACAGAGGCCAGUGGUGCGCCCAGUUCGGACACUGUAUCCCGGCUGGAAGAGGAGAUGAGGAAGCUCCAGGCGACAGUGCAGGAGCUACAGAAGCGCCUGGAGAGGCUGGAGGAGACGGUCCAGGCCCAGUAGAGGACUCGGCCCUCAGCGUGCUGGGCAGCCCCUCCUGCUGCCGCUUGCCGCCUCCGGCCACAGUGCCGAUGGGAAAUCCUAAUAAAAUGCCUUUAUUUUCUGGUA